AUGGUGCAGCAGAUGCCGCCUCAGGGAGGCUCAAGGAAGAUUUCCUUUAACGUCUCAGAUCAAUAUGAGAUUCAAGACGUCAUUGGUGAAGGCGCCUAUGGUGUUGUUUGCUCUGCUAUCCACAAGCCCUCUGGCCAGAAGGUAGCCAUCAAGAAGAUCACCCCCUUUGACCAUUCGAUGUUUUGCCUGCGAACCCUACGAGAGAUGAAGCUGCUCCGCUACUUCAACCAUGAGAAUAUCAUCUCCAUUUUGGACAUCCAGAGGCCGCGAAACUAUGAGAGUUUCAACGAAGUCUACCUCAUUCAGGAAUUGAUGGAAACAGAUAUGCACCGCGUUAUCCGCACGCAAGACCUGUCAGAUGACCACUGCCAGUACUUUAUUUACCAAACUUUGCGUGCGCUGAAGGCCAUGCACUCCGCUAACGUCCUCCACCGUGAUCUCAAACCAUCGAACCUUCUCCUCAAUGCAAAUUGUGACCUGAAGGUCUGCGACUUUGGUCUAGCUCGAUCUGCGGCUUCGACUGACGAUAAUUCUGGUUUCAUGACGGAAUACGUGGCGACGCGCUGGUACCGUGCACCUGAAAUCAUGUUGACGUUCAAGGAAUACACAAAGGCAAUUGAUGUGUGGAGUGUGGGCUGCAUUCUUGCAGAGAUGCUGAGCGGGAAGCCCUUGUUCCCUGGAAAGGACUAUCACCAUCAAUUGACUCUAAUUCUGGAUGUUCUUGGAACACCUACCAUGGAAGACUACUACGGAAUCAAGUCCCGACGGGCUCGGGAGUACAUCCGUUCUCUCCCAUUCAAGAAGAAGAUUCCGUUCAAGGCACUGUUCCCUAAGAGCAACGACCUAGCUCUGGAUCUGCUAGAGAAGCUUUUGGCCUUCAACCCGACGAAGCGAAUCACCGUGGAGGAGGCUCUGCGUCACCCGUACCUGGAACCAUAUCAUGAUCCAGAUGACGAGCCAACAGCGCCCCCAAUCCCGGAAGGCUUCUUUGACUUCGACAAGAAUAAGGAUGCUCUCAGCAAAGAGCAGUUGAAAAUUCUGAUUUACGAGGAGAUCAUGCGGUAGAGAAUCAAGUGUCGAAUCUUGGAGUUGAGAAGGCAGCACCUAGUAAGCAGCAUACGCUUGCACGCACCAUAUUUGCAUAGAGAUUUUCAGGUAGUCUAUUUACUUUGCGGCUUAAUGUACUGC